CAGACUUUCAGGUUCCCAAAUUUUGUUGAAAGAAGUGAAAAGAGGUUUAAGGCAGGCUGAUUAUGUGCUCCACUUCUCUGCCUUUGAAUGGUAAAGUAAAGAAUGGAGCUUUGAACGUUUGACCAGCCACAUGGCUCUAACUUGUGACAUGGCAGAAGAUUCUGAUGAGGUCAGAACUUUGCAGCAGGCGUGAUUGUGUGGAAAAGCUUUGAGAGGGUCACAUUUCUCAUAGCCUGGGUUCUCAUCCAUCACUCCAUCAAGUCCCAGGUCAUAGAGGUUAUUCCGGGACUCUUCUGGGUCAUGAUGAGGCUGCACUCAACACUGAGCACUUGGCUUUUCACACUCCUAGUGAUGCCAGUCUACUGCCAGAGUGGUGAUGAUGGAGAGUUGGGAUCAGGUGACAUCUCCGGGCCUGUGGUCACUGGCAACUCUUCUGCUCCAAUCUUCCAUGCAGCUGGGGAUGAGCCAGACAGAACCAGGCCACUUUUUCAAACGCUGCCAGAGACGGAAGGUGGCGACUGUAAUGUCCACUUCCACACCGGCCAAGUCAUGACAAGACGGUUACGAGCUUUCAGAGAGGAAGUUGCUUAUCUAAAGGCUCUUCAACAUGGGAACCAGGCGGUGAUGGAGAAUCUGGUCCAGUUUGUUGGAGCAGAAAUGGGAGAUCAACGCUACGAGGAGGUGAUCCAAGAAAACAUUGUUGGAAUCAGGGAGGAUCAUGUGAGCUGUGAGACUGUGGUGACAAAAGCAGCAGAGGAGAUGGAGAGUCAGCUGGAGGGAGACACACUAGACACUUCGGCUGGAAUUCAAAAAAUAAAAGAGGAGUCCCUUGCCUUUGAAGAAAUGCUGCGUACCGCGUCAGACAUCGCCACUAGACUGGAGAGUUCUUCAAGAACCCUGCAUGUGGAGAUGAUCGCACAGCUGAGGAAGAACAUGAGACAGCCACGCUAAACUAAUUGACUCGGUGGGCAGCUGUCCAACCUGGAAAAAUAAAGAGUCACUUCUGUAUUUAUCCAUGUUUUAAUAAGAGUGAUACAAUGUAAUCACUUUAAACAGUCUAUAUAUGCUAUCUCCCAUCCUUAUAUUUUUUUUUUUUGUUUUGUUUUGUUUUUUGUGAAACAUAAUUAUUGUCAGAGGACUGAAACACAGACUAUAUUUUUCCACUCUUGUCCAAUGUUCAUUUGUGAGCCAUAAUGAAAACAUAAUGGCUCUGUGUACAAGGAAAUUGACAAAAUGAUCUUGGCAGUGAGAUGACAUCUUAAAAGAAUAUUCUGAGUACAGACAACCCCGCAGCUAUAGUCUGGCUGUCUUGGCGCUAGGGAGCAGAUGGUGAAAAGACUGUAUGAGGGUCUGGAAAUCAACAAGCAUGAACUCAUAUACAUUGGAAAGAGAAAGCAAGGCGAGAAAGAAAAGGAGGAAAAAUAUUAAAGUGAUGUCACUGAGGAAUAAAUGAAAACAGAACAGAACCUAAAGAAACAGAUGAAGAAAAAGUAUGAAAUCUUUGCGACCAAAGAAUGUUCAUUUUCACUGUAUUAGUCCGUUGUUGUCACUUUUGCUGUAUGCAUAGUUUGACCCAAUUCUGUGUAUGCUAGUAUUUGUAUGGUCAUAGAUACAGCCUGUGUGAGUGAAUGAAUUACAGGACAUGAAAUAUAUAAGCUAUUACUAUAUUGAGCGUUUUAUACUUAAAUAUAUAUUAUUGAUGCUAGUCAGUCUUGAUGUGCCAUUGUUGAACAUGAUAUUCACAAAAAUUCAACUUUGUAAAAGAAUUGCAGGGUUCCUACAGUCAUGUAAAUAAAAAGGUCAUGCCAUAGUCAAGUCAAUAUAGAUUUUUCAAGUAAUUCCUCAACUAUAAAUUGCUUUUUGUGUGUGUAAACUUUAAAUGGAUUAAGAAUAAAAUCCAGAUAUCACAAAUGACAGUAAAAGUCACUGAAAACCAAUCGGCUUCUUAAAGCUCCAGUCUGUAACUUUUUUUGGUAUUAAAACUAUCCAAAAUAAAUCUUUGAGAAAAUA